AUGGGCUCAAUCAAUUGCACUGAUUACGAGAUUUACUCGCUGGAGUUUGGUCCCGGCGCUCUUGAAGCUGCCUUAAAAGUCGAAGCGUUCACUACGAUUCUUGGCGGCACUAAAGGAGGAGAUAAGGAAAAGAGACUGUCUUCCCAGUUCAUUGGCCGUUUUUUCAAACGCUUUAAGAAUUUAGAGGAAGAAAGCUUUAACUGUCUGCUUGAUCUCUGUGAUGACCCAGACGUUGCCAUACGUAAACAAGCCGUUCAAGAUUUACAAUCAAUAUGCAAACAGGAGCCGGCCUUUACGUCUCGCGUCGCCGACGUCCUCGUGCAGAUGCUGGCUACCGACGACCAUUCUAAAAAUGUGACUGCCGGUGCCUUCUUAAAGUACACACUGGAAAAAGUUAUACCCUACUUCGAACCCAUCAGUAGCGAGCUUGACCGACGUGGCAUUCUCCGUGUAUUAACAGAGUUUUCUAUGCACCCGGGCGAUGCCUUUUUGUCAUGUUCCGAGACUGAAGGGGUUCAGCUUUUAUGCCCCUUGCAUUCGUUACUGCUGAGUUCUUUGCCAACGGUGCCCGAGGAUCCAUUACUUGCUCUUUCAUCUACCGUUGAACCGAAUGCUGGAUCUGGAGAGUGUCAGUCGACGAAGAGUUUAAUCCCCGAACAAGUAUCUAACUUGAACAUUCUCGAAAUCGAAUGUCUGCUUUUCUCUAUUGUUAAUCUAUCAAAGUUACUACCCAGUUUUCUGGAUUUCACUGACCCUUCAAGUGGCGAUUCUGCGAGCAUCCCUGAAGCUGCCAGCCGUGUUCGAAAUCUGCGACCAAAAUUGCAGUAUUUGGCUCGUCUUAUACAAUUGCACCGCCGGAAUAUAUUAUCCUCUACAGAAGAACUACUGAAGCUAGAAGAAAUUGCGCAGGAAUCUGUAGCAGAGGAAGCAAAACAGGUAACUCAGUGA